UAUCUUUUCCAGUCUCCUCUCUCUCUCUCUCUCUCUCUCUCUCUCUCUCUCUCUCUUUCUGCAACUCUCUUAUUGAUGUGAUUCUCCACCAUAAACCAAUCAACCUUUACAAAAGAGAAAGAUCAAGGAGCACCAUGGUUUUCUCAUCCGUUCCAGUCUAUCUAGAUCCUCCUCAUCACAACUGGCAACAACAACAGCUUCCAAAUCACCACCAAUCCGGAGGUGGCGAGAGUGAUAAUAAUCACUUUCCACCGCCUCUUCCGCCACCUCCAAGUGGUGGAAGUGGUGGCACCGCCACGGGCUCAACCAGGCCAGGUUCGAUGGCGGAGCGGGCCAGGCUAGCCAAGAUGCCACAGCCUGAGGUAGCACUUAAGUGCCCUAGAUGUGAAUCAACCAACACAAAGUUUUGCUAUUUCAAUAACUAUAGUCUCACACAGCCACGUCACUUCUGCAAGACUUGCCGGCGGUACUGGACUCGAGGCGGUGCACUGAGAAGCGUGCCGGUCGGAGGUGGCUGCCGGAGAAACAAGAAAAGCAAAAGAAACAGAUCAAAAUCACCGGCAAUGAAUGAUCACCGCCGUGAUGGUUCUAGUUCUGCUGCCGGAGUUACGUCCACCACCACCUGCACCACCGGUAUGAUUGGCCACUUGAUCCUUCCACCACCACAACAAUUACCUUUUUUGCCCUCUUUGCCUCAGCUUAGCGACUACAGCAGCACCGAUAUUGCAUUGAAUUUCCCGGGAAUUCAGCCUCCAGUGGCGGCAACAGGCGGUGUUAAUGGCGGAAUCGAUAUGGAAUUCGGAAUCGGAACUAAUACUGGUGGUGGUGGUGGUGGGUCGAUUUUAUCGGCCCGGUUUGCGGAGCAGUGGAGGCUCCAACAAGUGCAGCAGUUUCCUUUCUUGACUGGUUUGGACAUACCAUCUGGGUUAUACCCAUUUGAGGGUGAAGGUGUUGUUGAUCCAUCGGGGUUCACAGGCAGCGCUUCCACCGGCCACCUUGGAUCAAAGGGAUCAGGAGGACUUACUCAGGUGGCCACCUCAGUGAAAAUUGAAGAUAAUCGAGGGGUAAAUUUGUCCAGGAAUUUUUUGGGUAUCCCAGGAAAUGAUCAUUAUUGGGGUGGCAAUGCAUGGACUGAUCUCUCUGGUUUUACUUCUUCUUCCACAAGCCAUCUCUUGUGAUUUCGCUCUCUCUUCAUCUCCGAAACUCUAGCCAACAAUCUUCUCUUUUCUUCCAUUCAAUUACUAAAUGAUUGGCUCAACGACAAGGCUUGUUAGUAUCCCUGCUGGUGUGAGUUUGAGUCACAAAAACAGCCUCUUCAGAAGCUAUCCCCAAAUCUCACUUCAGCAAAAGCCUCUUGCACUGGAUCACUCUUUCUAAUUACUAUAGGUUAAAUUGACUUAAAGAUAACAUGUUUCAAUCAACUACCUUAACUUGCAAGUUCCAAGUCCAAGAGUCUCUAAAGGAUGGAAAUUACAUAAUGGACUUGUCCUUCAAGAUCUGCUAGAAAACUUAGGUAUUAAUGGUAGGCUUCUAGUUCUUCCAACUUUCAAUUCAAUUGCUUUGUUUAUUAUUUGUAUCUUAUGGGUAUAUAUAGAGACCUAGCUGGGUGUAUGUGUUCAAUGAGUUUGAUAUCUAACAAGAAGGCUUAAGGUGUAUUGGUUGAAUGCAGUAUUGCAGUGUACUAAGCGAUUUCCAUUAAGUAAUUCUAUGAAAGUGUGUGUAGCAAAUCAA